AUGCCGCCUCCUCCACCGCGAAGGCCAGACCCAAAGGCGGCCUCGAGCGCUGGCGCAGCCUCAAAAGAAGAGAACGUCUACAUUCCGUCCUUCAUCAGUAAACGUCCGUUCUACGCUGGCGAAGAAGGAGACCCGAGCGACUAUCUUGAACAUCAACGUAUACAAAAGAAAGCCGAGCAAUCACAAUGGUACGACCGGGGUAGGAAAGCGGGUCCUGCUGCAACCAAAUACCGAAAGGGAGCUUGCGAAAACUGUGGCGCCAUGACACAUAAGGCAAAGGACUGCCUCAGUAGACCCCGAGCGAAAGGCGCGAAGUGGACAGGAAAAGAUAUCCAAGCCGACGAGGUUCUCCAAGAUGUCCGGCUCGGCUGGGAUGCAAAGCGGGACCGCUGGAACGGGUAUGAUCCGAAGGAGUAUCGAAAUGUGGUUGAGGAAUACAGCCAAAUGGAAGAGCUACGAAAGAAAGCUCUUGCCAACGGAGACGACGAAGAAGAGGAGCGAGAUGAGGGAGACAAGUACGCAGAAGAGAACGACAUGAGCAAACAUCAAAGCACAGCGACACGACAGUUGCGACUACGGGAGGACACCGCCAAAUAUCUCCUCAACCUGGAUCUGGAUUCGGCAAAGUACGACCCGAAGACACGGUCUUUGAUUGACGCAGGUGCUACGCACGACAAAUCAGCCAGCCUUUUCGCAGAGGAAGGAUUCAUGCGCGGUUCGGGCGACGCUGCCGAGUUCGAGAAAGCUCAAAAGUAUGCCUGGGAAGCCCAAGAGAAGCAGGGAGAUACAGCCCAGCAUCUGCAGGCAAAUCCAACAGCCGGCGAGUUCCACCGGAAGAAGCAAAAAGAGGAAGAAGAGCGAAAGCGCGCCGAAAAAGAAAAGAAGCUUAUGGAGAUGUACGGAGACAACUCCCUGUACAAGAUGCCCGAGGACCUCAGGCAGAUGGUUACCGAGUCGGAGCAUUUUGUCGAGUACGACGAGAGCGGCCUCAUCAAGGGGGCACCGAGGGCGGCAGCGAAGUCCAAGUACACUGAGGAUGUUUUUGUUCACAAUCACACCUCCGUUUGGGGAAGUUGGUGGUCUGACUUCCAAUGGGGUUUUGCAUGUUGCCAUUCUCUCGUCAAAAACAGCUAUUGCACCGGAGAGGAGGGCAAGGCUGCGUUGGAUGCUGUGGAACGGCAGAGGACUCGAAUGGCUCUGAUCGAAAACGGGGAGGCCGCAGAGGAGAUCCCUGAAAAGGAGGAAGACAAACCGAGGCAAAAUGUCGUCAAGAAGCGCACAGCAGAAGAGAUGAUGAGCGGGGUCACGGAAGAGGACAUGGAGGAGUACAGAAGGAAACGGACAGCGGCGGAGGAUCCCAUGGCCAAGUUUUUGGGCAAAGAUGAACUGGUACACUAA